AAGUGGUUCGACACAUUGGAAACAUACUAUACACCAACAGCCACUCGUUGUUAUCACAACUUCAAUCAUAUUGAUGAGUUGUUAUCACUGUUUGAUACUUAUCGACAUCGUUUGACUCAGCCUGCUGUAUGUCAACUUGCAAUCUGGUUCCACGACGUUGUCUACGAUCCUACCAAACAUGACAAUGAAGACCUCAGUGCACAGCUAUUCAAGCAGUUCACCAAAGACUCGCUCGUAGUGGCACCCGACGUCCAAGAUCAAGUGAUCGACUACAUUGACUGCACCAAGAAUCACACCAAGCACCCAGCUCAAGGCAAUGACCGCGACUACUUCCUCGACAUGGAUCUCUCAAUCCUCGGUCGUCCAACUGAAGAAUACCUUAUAUACUCUCAUAACAUUCGUAGAGAGUAUAUACAUGUCCCUGAGGACCAGUAUCGAACAGGACGCUCAACCAUACUGAAGCGCUUUAUUGAUAUGGGCGAGUCCAUUUACAAGACGCCAGAGUUUAGAGCGGCGUACGCACGUCAAGCCCUGACCAACCUUCAGAAUGAGGUCGAUCGCUUGGCAGACCUGGCCAUACCCUUG